AUGAUGCAUAAGCAUUGCUUUGAGGCAUUUGAUAGGACAAUGAGAGACUUAUUGCGUUUUUUCAACCCCCGCAAUUCUGAUAUGACAUUUGGUGGAAAAAUAGUUGUUCUUGGUGGUGACUUUACAAAUACUACCUUUUAUUCCAAAGGGAACCAGACAAGAUAUAGUACGAGCAAGUAUAAAUUCUUCUUACCUUUGGAAGAAUUGUCAAGUGAUGGAAACCUUGGUUCCAACAAUGACGAUGAGUGCAAGAUUAGUAUUGCAUAUGAGUUUUUAUUGGAAAUUAAAGGUGAUUGUAUUCCAGAGAUUGUUGAUAGCACAUUUCCUUCAUACUGUAGUGGUAAAAUGGACCCUAAAGAUCCGGAGACUCAAGCCAUAUUGGCACCGACAUUAGAUGUUGUCGACUAUGUGAAUGAAUACAUGAACGGUAUGAAUGAGGCGUCGUCUAAGACGUAUUUGAGUUGUGAUUCUGUGUACAAGUUAUAUACAAAUGCAGAUAUGUUAUCUGAAGUUCACACUCCUAAAUUUUUAAAUAAUUUGAGGUGUUCAGGUAUACCGAAUCAUUCGUUAUCACUUAUCAUUGAAGGUUGGCUCUCCAGUUAUGAUUUUGAGGAACGUCGAUCACUCAUUGGGUCUUUGUAA